AGCUUUAUCCCCUUGCUUUUCUUUAACAAAAAUACUAAUAAUCUUGGGCAUCAAUAUCCUCAUAAUAUUCAUCCCAUAACUCAUCAUUGAGAUAGUUACUGAUGCUCAUUUAUAGAGUACAGCUAAAAUACUCUCCAAGCAACGAAAGAUAACGACACAAACGUAGGACUUCGUGCCAACUCUAUAAUUUUGUUUAUUUUUAUAUAUUCCCUCUAUCUCCGAAUGGAACUCUGCUCUUUUUAUAGCCUUUUCCAGUUCUGCUUCUCUUUCUGCUUUCACUAGACCGCCUUUGAAUUGAAGAUCAGAUAAGGUUUCGGUUUCGGUUGUGACAACAUGUUGGAAGGUAAAGCCUUGAUAGAGGACACUGACAUGCCAACCAAGAUGCAGAUCCAAGCUAUGGCAGCUGCUUCUCAAGCUCUUGAUCUCUAUGAUGUUGUUGAUUGCAAAUCCAUUGCUGCCCACAUAAAAAAGGAGUUUGAUACAAGAUAUGGAAGUGGAUGGCAAUGUGUGGUGGGUUCAAGUUUUGGGUGUUUUUUCACUCAUUCCAAGGGUACUUUCAUAUACUUCACUCUCGAGACUCUUAAUUUCCUUAUCUUCAAAGGAGUUGCUUCUUCUUCUCCUCCUUCUACUCCUAGCUGAUUAGUGCGGCAGUUUCUAGAGAGAGUGCACUUCUUUGUUUUGUGUCUUUCUUUUCUUCCUCCAUUCCCUGUUUCACGAAAAAAAAAGAAGGCUUUUGUUACAAAGAAAAUAUAAGUAGUGGUGAUUAUGUAAAUAUGAUGAAUAUUUUGC